AUGUUUCUGACAUGCAAACCUCCAACGUUUUCGGAAGAGAGAGAUCCGGUAAAAGAAAUGUGCUGGAUAAAAGAAAUUGAAUCAGUAUUUAACACCUGUAAGGGUUCAGAAGAAGAUAAUGUUAUAUUUGUAGUAUUUAUGCUGAAGUCUAAUGCUUUAUACUGGUGGGAUGUAGAGUCAGCAACACAGCCAAAUAUUCUACAAACAAUGCUUUGGGAAGAAUUUGUUACCACAUUUAAAACACAAUUAUGUCCUAAGACUACAAUAAGGCAAAUGAAAGGGGAUUUUCUAAAAUGGGAGCAGGGAAAUAGGUUUGUACGGGAUUAUACUGAGAAGUUCAUUGAGUAUUCCCGUUUUAUAGAACUUUAUGUUUCUUUAGAAUCCCGGAAGGUGGAAAGGUAUAUUUAUGGUCUGAAACCUUCCAUCAGGGAGUCUGUGAUUGCUAUGGACCCUGCUACAUUCACUUUAGCCGUAAAUGUUGCCGAGGUCAUGGAAAGAAAUAAGAACCGGCAAGGUGAAGAGAAAGUAUUAGAGAAGCGAAAGUGA